UACUAACUUGUAAAAUCUUGCAACUUUGGUGUAAAGCUAUUUGUGUCGCAAUCCUUGCGACGGCGACCAGAUAAUUGCCGGGAAAUCAACUGAGACACUGCAAUGGAAAACCCGAAUCACAAGCACGCGGCUGAUUCAUUUUCCAGCGAGGAUUUGGUGUCACCGAUGAAGAAGGCGAAGAAGUCAGAGAAGACCGGAUGUGAUACGUCGGAUGAGAAGCAGGAGAUUUCCGGCGGAGGAGAAGCCGUAGCCGAGCUUGCUAAUACCACUAGCUGUGUAGCUGAAGAGAAGAAGGAAUUUAUGGUUGAAGCUGAUGGUGCUGAAGACAAAGGAGCUAGACAUACAAUGGAAGAUGUUUAUGUGGUUUUGCCUGACGCUUCUUUGGAUUUCCCAGGGAAACUAAGGUGUGCACAUUUUGCCAUUUAUGAUGGGCAUGGAGGUCGUUUAGCUGCAGAGUUUGCUAAGAAGCAUCUUCACCUUAACGUUCUUUCAGCUGGGUUACCACGUGAGUUGCUGGAUGUCAAAGUUGCUAAAAAGGCCAUUCUUGAAGGUUUCCGGAAAACCGAUGAGUUGCUUCUGCAAGAAAGUGUUUCAGGAGGAUGGCUAGAUGGCGCCACAGCAGUGUGUGUCUGGAUAGUUGAUCAAAAGGUUUUCGUUGCCAAUAUUGGUGAUGCUAAGGCUGUUUUGGCAAGAUCCUCUAAUACCAACGAAUUGGGGAGUCAUACAGAAACAUGUAUACCGCUCAAAGCAAUUGUUUUGACGAGAGAGCACAAAGCGAUAUAUCCACAGGAGCGCUCUCGUAUUCAAAAGUCAGGUGGUGUUAUAAGCUCAAAUGGACGGUUACAAGGGCGUCUUGAGGUUUCUAGGGCUUUUGGUGAUCGUCAAUUCAAGAAGUUUGGCGUCACUGCAACCCCGGACAUUCAUGCAUUUGAAUUAACUGAAAGAGAAAACUUCAUGAUUCUUGGUUGCGAUGGAUUGUGGGAAGUAUUUGGACCAAGCGAUGCUGUGGGGUUUGUUCAGAAACUUUUGAAGGAGGGCUUGCCUGUAAGUGUGAUAAGUCGCCGUCUUGUAAAGGAAGCUGUUAAAGAACGUCGUUGCAAAGACAAUUGCACAGCAAUCGUGAUAGUCUUCAAGCGUGGAUGACUUAAAGAAGAGCCUGACCUACCUGUGGGCAUCUAUUUCUCUGGCUUGUAUGAGUUUUUGUAACUUUUAGUUGGUAAACUCUUUUUGAGCUGUCAAUGGAUCAAUUAAAUUCUUGGGGCAGCCUUUAAAAGAAAAAAUAUUAAAAUCAAA